AUGAAUAACAAUGAAUUUAUUAAAUCAAUGGAAAUAUUCGAUUCGAAUGUUAGAGAGGAAUUAAGACAUAAAAUAUAUAAUAUGGGUACAAUUCAUGAUAUGCGAAGAGAAAUUUGUAAACAAUGUAUAUCAAAGAUAUCAUUGGAUACAUAUUUGGAGAAAGAAGCGUUGGAAAUCUCGAACAACUAUAAAAAUACAACUACAGAGACACAAACAGCAAUCACAGAGACGACAACUAGAUCGGUUUUUGACGAUAUUACAGUGGUGUUAUAA